AUGUGGAUGCUUCUCUUUUACUUUCCGUUACUCGUAGAUGGUGCUCUUGGUGUGACAGAUAAAAGUCAAUUCGUGUCAGUAAUAGAGGGAGAUUCUGUCACUUUAUACGCUGAUCCUACAGAAAUUCAGAAAGCUGAUCUGAUAUUGUGGACGUUUGGACCUGACAGCACCCGAAUAGCUCAGUUCAACAGAAUGGAUAAUAAAAUCUCACUGUAUGAAGAGAUUCUUGAUGGGAAAUUCAGAGAUAGACUGAAGCUAGACAGUAAAACUGGAUCUCUGACCAUCACAAACACCAAAACAACAGACUCCGGACUUUACAAACUGGAGCUCAUUGGAAGAAAAGAGGUCCCAUCUAUGAAGUUCAGCAUUAUUGUUUAUGCUCAUCUGCCUGUUCCUAUCCUUACCAGUUACUCUUCGCAAUGUUUUUCAUCGCAUCUUAAUUGUUUACUGGUGUGUUCAGUGGUGAAUGUGAGCGCUGUGAGUCUCUCCUGGUACAAAGGAAACAGUAUAUUGUCCAGCAUCAGUGUGUCUGAUCUCAGCAUCAGUCUCUCUCUACCUCUGGAGGUGGAAUAUCAGGAUAAAAACACCUACUGCUGCGUGAUCAACAACACCAUCAGCAACCAGACCACACAUCUGGACAUCAACACACUCUGUCAGCCAUGUUCAGGUACUGAUCUCCAUAGGGGUGUGUUCCAGAAGGCAUCUGCUAAACCAUGUGAUCUAGUUUGA